UUCUGGAACAUCCUUGUCCACGGUCAAUAUUAGCGCCAUUGCAACUGCUGGGUGUGGGCGAAUCUGCGCCCCGCCAUUGGAACAAAAAAGCAGCACCCUGAAUUUCUCAUCGUUCAAAUCAAGCUUCACUUCCAAUGUUAAUUUCCUGAAGAGAAGAUUCAGCUCGGGAGACUUGUCUUCCGAGGUCGAUGAUGUUGAUCCCAAUAGCUUGCCGCCAGCGGCGCGUCCUAUACAGGACCAACCAACCAAGCCGCAUGUUGCCGGCGGUCCACCAAAUAUGCCGCCACCGCCGGCACCCGGUCAGGUGCCGCCGCAGCCCACCGGCGCCGCACCGGAGCUAUCACUAAGCUUUGGCGCUGGCAAGGCUCCGGUCUCGGCGGCUCCUGCGCCGCCUCGUGGUGUCAGUGCACCAACCAGUCCGGCCAAGUCGCGGGAGAGUCUCUUGCAACGAGUGCAGAGCUUGACGGGCGCAGCUCGAGAUCAGGGCGCCUCCAUAUUGGGAGCUGCAGUUCAGAGCGCUACUCAACGUGCGCCUGCCUUUAACAAGGACAGAUAUUUCACGCUGCUGGUGUUGGAUGAUCAGAAUACGGACUGGUCCAAAUAUUUCCGUGGCCGGCGCUUGCAUGGCGAUUUCGAUAUACGCGUGGAGCAAGCUGAAUUUCGGGACAUUACGGUGGUCUCCAGCGCCGAUACCGGACCGGUCGUCACAAUGGCCGCCUAUCGUAGCGGCACCCGGGUUGCCCGUUCUUUUCGUCCGGAUUUCGUAUUGAUACGGCAACCGCCGCGUGAUGGCUCUAGCGAUUUCCGGUCGACCAUACUGGGCCUUAAGUACGGCGGAGUGCCCAGCAUCAAUUCGUUGCAUUCCAUUUACCAGUUUCAGGACAAACCGUGGGUCUUCUCUCAUCUGCUGCAACUGCAGCGUCGCCUGGGACGCGACGGUUUCCCGCUGAUCGAGCAGACAUUCUUCCCGAAUCCGCGUGAUUUGUUCCAAUUCACCAAGUUCCCCAGCGUGCUGAAGGCUGGACAUUGCCACGGCGGAGUGGCCACCGCUCGUUUAGAGAACCAGAGCGCCUUGCAAGAUGCCGCCGGACUUGUUAGCGGCGCUGGCAAUGAUACGCAUUGUUAUUGCACCAUCGAGCCCUACAUCGAUGCCAAGUUCAGCGUGCACAUUCAAAAGAUUGGCAACAACUACAAGGCAUUUAUGCGCAAAUCCAUCACUGGCAACUGGAAGACCAACCAGGGCUCAGCCAUGCUCGAGCAAAUCACCUUAACUGAGAAGUACAAAUCCUGGGUGGAUGAGAUAUCCGAACUGUUUGGUGGCUUGGAGGUGUGCGGCGUCUCUGUGGUGGUGGGCAAAGAUGGACGCGAGUACAUCAUCAGCGCCUGUGAUAGCACAUUUGCUCUGAUUGGCGAUAGCCAGGAGGAGGAUCGCAGGCAGAUAGCCGAACUGGUAUCUGGACGCAUGCAGAAUGUGUGCCGCCCGAGUAUGGCACAGACUGGUCCCGGCAAGCUACCGUCGCGCUCCUCAGUCUCCUCUCGCGCGGAGAGUCCCACUGAUGAUCCGGCACCGACGCCACCGCUGCCCGCCGGACCGAGGCCAGCACCGAUGGGUGGACCGCCGCCAAUACCGGAGCGCACCUCGCCAGCGGUUGGCUCCAUUGGCCGACUGAGUAGCCGCAGCAGCAUUUCCGAGCUGCCCGAGGAGCCAUCCUCGUCGGGGCCCAGCACAGUGGGCGGGGUGCGUCGCGAUUCGCAAACGUCUCAGGCAUCGAGCAUUUCGUCAGCAUCGAGGGUUGGACAGCGUCCUCCGCAAACUCAGACGUCGGUCGUUGAGGAUGCGGAGGACACCAUGAAGAACUUGAGGAAGACGUUUGCGGGGAUCUUUGGUGAUAUGUAGGAAAUCGCUAAUAAGAAGCGCGGCAGAACGGCGAGCGAGACAAGCAACAGCAGCGGCCUGGGCAGUGUGCCCAGCAGCGCUGGACCCCAGACAAGCAGUGGAGCAAGCAGUGCAUUCAGCGGCUCCUUUCUGGGCAAGCAGUUCUCGUUCGCCUCGGGCAGCAAAUCUAGCGGCACGGAUGUGAUCUCAACACAACCAAGCCGACCGCUAGAGGACCCAUCAACAGCGGCCAGCUCAGCCGUUCAGUCCGCUGCCAGCGUUUCGGACAGCGUCAAUAUAACUACGGAUAUAGCAACAUCAUCUUCAGCAACAGUAACAACUGCUGGCUAUAAGCCAGUGACCAACUUUGAGCCACAGGAACGCGUUAAUCUUGACAAGGAGCCGCACAAGUCGGUUAGCAUCGCCAGCAUUGGCGGUGCCUCAAACACAACCUCAUCAUCAUCAUCGUCAGUGUCGUCGUCGUCGAUUUCGUCACGCAUCAAUCGCAAUGGUAAUCCAAUUAAGUCACCACCACCACCAGCAGGGCCACCACCACCACCGCCCAGUGUGGUGGCCACCAAUGCCAAUGUCAACAUCAACACAAACACAAACACAAACAGCUCCAGUGUGAGUGCCAGUGCUUAUCGCAGCAGCUUCAGCAGCUCGCAGCUGAGCAAGGACAAGACCAGCUAUGGCAACUACGAUAGCACCACCUCCAUUGAGACCAUCACACGCAUGGACACCAAUACCACAAACACAGCCGCAACAGCAACUGGAGCAGGCGAGGCUAGCGGCAUUACAGCAAUAAGUACCGGUGCCGUUGGCACCGCUGCCAUCACCAGUUCGGCAUCCAACAACGAUUGGCGUUCGGCAAUUGGCAUUAGAUCGGCGAGUGUUUAUAGUGCACCCGCUGCAGUGACAACAGCUGCUCUGCCAGGUGACACCUCCGGUUACGAUUCGAACUCAUUGGCCUCGCAGACGGGCUUCAACAAUCCCAGCGAUAUGCCCUCGUACACACGGCCCUCUUACUCCCGCUCCGAGAGCAAUGCCUCAAAGCAAUCCGACUUGGACAUCAUAUUCGGCGAUAGCAAGACAACGACCUCAAGUCCAGGCAAUGGCAAAUUCACUCGCUCCGGCGGCUCAAUCUCCGAUGCGGACAUGAUCUUUGGCGGACCGCCAUCCAAUUAUAAGAGCGAUCGCUUUGGCGCUGCCAAAAGCAUGAGCAUGAGCUCCAGCGGCGUUGACGCCAGUUCCAACUCCUAUAAGAUCUAUGAGGGUAUACAGAAUGCGGCAUUCAGUGACUACAGCGAUUCGGGCAGCAUUGCCAGCGUCACCUCAGCUAACAAACGAUGGAGCGCCAAACAGGAUGAGGACGAUGAAUUGGAUUUAAAAUGAAUCCACUCACUCACACACACACACACACGCAAAUUGUAGACAACACUCAUUUCAUAAUCACACUACACACUUAAAACUAUGGGAAAUCUGUCAUUUUCUGCCUCCGAAGUUUCCUGGUUUCAUGAAAGAAUGAACACAUACAAAUCUAAUCAACUGCAUCAGCAUCAGCAUCCGCAUUGAGUUACUAUCAUUUUCACUAUUAAAAACAAAUGAGUUGAAUAUGCUACGAUAUCUAUAUAAAUAUAUGUA